UUUUUCAAUUUAUAGUUUUUAUAUUGAAAAAAAUUAUUAAAAUAAUUAUAAAUAAUUAUAUAAAUAAUUAUAAAAAUGUUACCAAAAGCGCGAAUAAUCCUUUUGUAUAUUUCACAUCUUUUCAGAAAUAUAUUGCUUUCUGAAAAAUUCGAAAGUCAACCAUAUGAUAAUUUGCGGAAAUAAAUUAUUAAUAGAUUAAUGUGUAUCAUCAUAUUAGUCAUUGCAUUUAAAUUUCAUUUUUUUACACAUAACUCUCUCUAUAAAUUAUCAAGAAAUUAAUUAAUAAAUUAACUUAAUUACUGAACUUUUCAGUCCUGACGUAUAUAAACGUAGUGGGAUACAACAUAUGGAUGUUCAUACCAGAAAUUCUUGAUAUUGUGGUGCCUAUGAAUGAAUCUCGCCCACGAAGGCGACCCUUUAAAGCUGAAUUCUUUAUCGAUGAGGAGCGAUACUUUUACCUCAUUCGUUUCCAUAUAUGCAUCGUGCUUGUAAUCCUACCUAUAGCUUAUGUCGUGAGUUCCACUCUAUUUGUGACUCUCACGCAACACGUUUGCGGAAUGUGCACAUUGUUAGGGUAUCGCGCAGAACGUUUAUUUUCCAUUGUAGAAGACAAGACAGAAUACAGUUUAAUUCAGAAAUCACAAAUAAGUACCAGAAAUGUGGCCGUUUUUGUACGCCAGCAUUACAACAUUUUACAGUUUGUAUUUAUUUAAUACACGUAAUAAUCUAAUGCGUAAUUUCAUUUUUCACAAGUAAUGAAGCAGAAUGUAUGCUGCAAAGAAAAUUAAAAAAAUAACAAUCAUGGAGUAAUAAUGUUCCUUUACGCGUAUUUUAUACAGUUUUAAUCAACAAAAGUUCUGUUUUUAAAUAAAAUAUUAAUAAAGGAAGGAAAGUAAUAUUGACACAUUUUGUUUUUGGAUAAUAUAUAUAUAUAUAUAUAUUUCUUAAACAAAAGUUUUUGAAUAGUAUUCUUCAAC